CUCUCCUCUAACUAUUGCAGGACAUGGGUGUAGCGGGACUUUGGGAGGUGCUACGGCCCGCUGGACAAACACAGUCAUUAACACAUCUGUCUGUUACACAAGGAUUCGAAGCCAAUGCUGGUGGUCGGCGAGGCUUUCGCAUAGGCAUCGAUGCCUCAAUUUGGUUCUUCCAUGCCGCGUACGGUAAAGAAGGAGAGAAUCCGGAGCUACGCACGCUCUUCUUUCGCUGUUCCAGACUCAUGAGUAUGCCUCUUCUCCCACUCUUCGUAUUCGAUGGUCCGAAAAGGCCUUCGGUCAAGCGCGGAAAGAAAGUGAGCGGAAAUGCGCAUUGGCUCACCACUGGAAUGAAAAACAUCAUUGCUGCAUUUGGAUUCGAAUGGAGAACGGCUCCUGGCGAAGCUGAAGCUGAACUUGCGUACCUAAAUCGCAUUGGAAUUAUUGAUGGCGUUCUCUCCGACGAUGUUGACAACUUUCUCUUUGGUGCCACCAUGGUCAUCCGCAAUCCCAGCAAUACGCUUUCUGGAAACCGUGCACAUCCAGUGAAGAACGCUGAUGGACGUGAUGAUGGAAACCAUGUCGUCACGUAUCGCGCUGCUGAUCUUGUCUCACACGGCGAUGUCUGUCUCUCCCGAGGGGGGUGUAUCCUAAUCGGCCUCCUCUCCGGCGGAGACUACCAUCAGGCUGGCGUGCAAGGCUGCGGUAAGCUCAUAGCUGCUGCCCUCGCACGCUGUGGAUUUGGAGACCGUCUGCUUGAAGCUGCUGGCUCCCUCAGUCGCGAAGAAUUAGAGGAAUGGCUCGUCACGUGGCGCGCCGACGUGCGCGAGGAACUGCGUACGAACAAGAGCGGCCUGAUCGGAUCAAAAAAGCCCGCCCUCGCAAAGAAGAUUCCUGAUGAUUUUCCUGAUGUCGAGAUUCUACUGUCCUACACCAAUCCUAUCACGAGCGAGACCGAGGGUAAACCUACGCGAGAAAUCACUUGGGGACAAGAGCCCGACAUUGGUAAAAUUGCUGGACUUUGCGAACUGUACUUCGAAUGGGGUGUGAAGGACGUGAUCAUCAAGCGUUUUCGCACAGUUUUGUGGUCGAGUGCCGUACAACGUAUCCUGCGGCGUGGUGCGAUGGAAAAGGACGAGAAGAGGCGUAAGGGUUUACCGAUGAGCCCCCAAAAGAGUAAGACAACAGGCAAGCUCGCGCCCGGAACGCCCUCGAAGAUGAUUGCGAAGUACUUUUCGUCGAUGAAGCUUAACUCCCCAAGCAAGGACAGCCAGAAGGAGCAAGAGUACAGCGAUACUGAAUCCGAAGCAGACGAAGACAGGCUAAUUGUCAAGAUUCACUCUUCACGACGGCACGCAUCUACAGAUGGAAUUCUUGAGUACCGAUUGGAGAUCGCGCCUGCGCAGCUCGUACGAAUGGCUGAGGAUGGUGUCCAAGGAAUCAGGCCCCCAAUAGAAGUGGAUGCUGCUUUCGAUGAUACCGAAGGCGAAGAUGAGGAUGAGGACGGAAAGCAAAAGGGAAAGGGGAAGGGGAAGGGGAAGGGGAAUAAACCUCCACCAGACCCCGAAAGCCACCUUCGUGUAUGGAUGCCAGCAUGUAUGGUGGAGACCGUGGAGCCGGAACUCGUCGAAGCCUUCGAGGAUAUUCAGCGCAAGAAACUGGAGAGAAAGGCCAAGCGAUCGAACAAGAUGGAGGGGAAAAAGAAGGCUGCUUCCGCUGCGCAGGGAGACAGUGAUGGAGAUGAUCUCCCUGUUCUAGCCCCUGCGAAGAAGAAACCUGUCCGUCAGAAGAAAGCGGUGGCGGAACAACAAGACAACGCGCCCGCUUCUCGUGGCUUCCCAAUCCCAAAUCUAACCAGUGCUUUCGACGAUCCUUUCACGGAACCCAAGAAUCCUGUUCACGCUCGUAUAUCUCAGCCCUCUCAAAGUGGUUCUAAGAAACACACCAAAUCGUCUGAUUCAGAUUCCACGCAACCUUGCAUAACCAAGUCUCCGAGAAAAUCACCACAGCAGACAUCCCCGCGCUCGUCAGGCUUGCCCAGGCGUAUAGGUUCAUCAUCACUUGUACAGCCAAUGCGCAAGUUUCACGAUAUCAUUGAUAUAUCGAACAGGGCAGACAGGAAAAAGAAAGAUGAUCCCAUUGCGCAAGGCGAUAGCGAUGGAGAUGCUCUCCCUCUUCCAUCACCUCCGAAGAAGACAACAACCCGUCGGAAGAAAGCGGUUGUGGAACAGCAGGUCAACGUGCUCGCUUCCGCGUCCUUUCCCAUUGUCAGGUUUCAUCAGCACCUCUGACGAUCCCUUCAUAGAGCCUACGAGUCCUAUUCGCGCUCAGAUAUCUCAGCAGUCCUCUCAAACUGGCUCUAAGAAACAUACUAAGUCGUCCGACUCCGAAUCCCUCCAACAUCACGUAACCAAAUCUCCAAGAAAGUCGCCGCCACAGGCAUCCCCGCGAGCAUCAGGCUUAACCAGGCGCCCGGGUUCACCAACAUCUACACGGCCGAUUCACAAGUUUGACGAUAUAAUUGAUAUUUCCAGUGAUUCCGAUGUACCAUUACCGCCCACGAAACUUUCUGUCAAGGCACCCCUGCUACUUGCCAGAGAGAAAGCCAAGAAGGGGGGUUCAUCCUCUAUUCAAAGCAAACGCCCCGGCCUGGAAUCAAUGUCAAAGGGAAAGCCAAGG